AUGCAAGAAGGCACCUUGUCGGAAAAGGGGAUCCAAGUCGUUAACAAGAACAUAAGCGAACGUGCCGAGAAAGUGUGCCAAGUGAUGUACGCCGCCUUGUUCGCGCUGUUCUUGACGCUGUUCGCGUACUUCGUGGUCUACGCCUUGAGUACGGGCACCAUCGUUCGCGUACGCACCGAAGAGGAUCAGCCGCAAGAAGUGCCUUUGCUGUCGCUGUCAGACCAGAUGCUUGCAAUAAAGUGGACGUGGCACAACAUCAAGUAUUUUGGCGGCAACACUACCGAGAUAAGCUUGCUGGGCGCUGGAGGAGGAGCGUGGACUGUUGGAGAGAUGGUGCUUUCAAACCGCGAAAACGUUCGCGACAUCAUCAAGCGAGUCCUUCUUCAUGGUGGUUCACCGCUGCAAAGGUACGCUCCAUUUCGGGCCUACCUCGUCGAGAAGGCAAUUGGAUGCGGUCCAGCAUCGGCCGAAUGCCUCGACACGGCUGACACCUCGAAGUUGCUAGAUCUGGCCUCACAGCGUCUCCUUGGACCACCGGCCACAAUUCUCGCAGCAGAACCGAAGCACGACGAUGGCAUCGACGUCCUCGUGGCUACGUGGCCGGUCAAGGAAGGCGGCUGGCUUCGGACUUCUUUCACGACAUCGCCAGAGACGUCAGCAGUCGAAGACACGCUUACAAUGCUCCAGGAAUACUUCAAUUUCACGGGCCUUGCUGCCAUCUUCGACACGCGGCACAGGGACACUGUCCAAAGCAGCGAUAUUUGGCCCAAAUUUCUGGAGAACCUUCUGAUCCGUUGCCCUAUUGAGCUCCUCGGCUACCUGUUCCGUGCCACGCACUCCACGAUAUACGGCUUUGUCUACGAUGACGAUAAUUUAUUUCCAAGUGAUGUGGUGGAGAUCCCUUUUCCCGACUUGGACAUGCUGUUUGGCGUGCCACUAAUAUCCUCAGACCCAGCCUACCCCGAACGCAUGAAAGAAAUGAGCCUCGCAUAUAUGAAGGUGUGGUCCACCUUCAUAAAAAAGGG